AUGAAAGCUUGCAUAAAGAUUAUAGACCUGUAUCCCGCUGAGCUAGGAACCGAUGCGUCAUCCAACAUUCGGCACCGUAACUUCUGGUGCCAUAUCAUAUCAAUUACAGCCUGUGUGGAUUUAGGAAGAGCAGCUGCUGACACUGCUCACCAAACAAUACAUUACACUAGUGCAAGGUCACAAAUAAACAACUGUCGAGAAUACAUUGAGGGCCAUACUCAGGGGUUAUCUAAAGAACAAUUGGAUAAGUUAUCUGAGGCACUGCCCUCGCUCGCCGUGUUAGACUUCGAAUGUGCUAUUCGUUUACAGCAAGUAGCAAAUAUCUGCGCGAUCCUGGAGGAUUGCGGUACAAAUUUAGACCCGAUGCAAAUUUGUGUUCUUGCGGAUCUGGUAAUUUCUUCGAAACUAACAGAUCCCGUCAUAUAUGAAGCUUUUCGACGAAUUACGGACACGGCUCUUUCGUCGAAAAGUCCAUGUGAUGUUUUACAACAAUUGCGUUGGCUCCGCUGUCUCUACCGGCUUGCUCUUCAAUGUGAAGAGAAUUGUGUCAAAUUUAUUGCCGAUAGAGCAAAGAAGUUAAUAGACAUGGCAACGCUUCUUGCACCUGAACUACCCCAUACCACGGUAGCAGCGCUCAGAGGAGAAAUGCAAUGGUUACCAAUUGACAUGUAUAAUGAAUCGCUGUUAUAUUUCAAGGACAUGAAGAACCAGCUGAGCCAAGAAUGGUAUAGCGAGGCAAUCAAGCUAACCAAGUGCAUAGAACAUAACGGUUGGGAUACAGACUCCCUCUCUACAAAGAUGAGCGAAGCAUACGGGACUUUGAACUUGGCAAACUGA